CCCCCUCGCCCCCCCCUCGCCCCCCUCGCCCCCGCUUCGAACAAGCCCAGCUGGAGCUCAUUUGAAUGAGCCGACGAGGGGCGGCCGGCCGCGUUCACUCACUCGGCGCAGAGAGAAAGACGGAGAGUGUGUGCGACUCAACUGCAAGCGAGCCUCGGACAGCAUCGAGAACCGAACGAGCGGAUACAAUUUGGUUGCAGCUGCCCCCCUCCGGACACUUGAGUCGGGGUAGACCCUCCGUCCUCCCAAGGCGCGCGCGUGUAGCCGGCCAUGUGUCACCGCGUUACAUAGACUCUUUUGUGCGUUGGGCUUUGGACCGGGGGACAGGUGGCGGUGAAGUCUGGGAAAGAGGAGGGGGGACCAACCACGGACACGCUCACAGCCCUCCGCCCCCCCCGCCCCCCCCGCGGUGGAUGUCAGGCCGGCGUGCGGGCUCCACGCUGGGCAUAGACAGGUGCGACGGGGAGGAGGAGUUUGGAGGCGAACUCCCUUGGCGAUCGCAGGGAUUUUGUUUGGAACAACGCGGAAAACCUCCUCACAGCAACUCCCAACAUUUGCCUCCACUUCAGAUGAGUCGAGCGGCGUUGUAUCUGAAGAUGGCUCCUUCGUGACAGCCCCAGGACCUGAACUCUGAGCCCAUCCGUCCUGCUGUGUCCUUUCCGUGGACGUGCCCCCCCCCCCCCCCCCCCCACCUCAUCGGCGCCGCGAUUCUGUUGCCAUGGCGACGGCGGCCCCUCCCUCUCUCUUCAUGCUCUGCUGGCUGCUCCGAACAGCCUGCUCGGCGUUCCCCGAGGAACCCGGCCCUUUAAACUUCAUCCCGACUGAAGUGUCAAGACGCUAUCCGGUGUUUCUGGGCCGGCCGCAUCACACGUGGCAGAGACGAGAUCCUUUACAUAUCCAGAGGGUCAUCCAAGUCAACCGAACACUCUACAUCGGAGCCAGGGAUGACCUUUUCCGCGUGGAACUGGACAUCGCCGCCGCGGACGAGAUGUUCUACAGCAAGAAAAGAACAUGGGAGUCCAACAAGAACGACAUCAGGAUCUGCAGGAUGAAGGGCAAACACGAGGAUGAAUGCCGGAAUUUCAUGAAGGUGCUCCUCAGUAGGAGCGGCGGCGGCCUGUUUGUGUGUGGCACCAACGCCUUCAACCCGCUCUGUGCCAACUAUACCGGGGACACUCUGGAAAUGGCCAGUGACCCCGUCAGCGGAAUGGCCAGAUGCCCUUACGACCCCAAACACGCCAACGUCGCUCUGUUUGCAGAGGGAAAUCUGUUUACGGCCACCGUGACGGACUUUCUGGCCAUCGACGCGGUCAUCUACCGGAGCCUCGGCGACAGUCCGGCCCUUCGCACCAUCAAGCACGACUCCAAGUGGUUCCGAGAGCCUUUUUUUGUCAGCGCUGUGGAGUGGGGCCCUCACAUCUACUUCUUCUUUCGAGAGAUAGCCAUGGAGUUCAAUUACCUGGAAAAGGUUGUGGUGCCCCGUGUGGCGAGGGUGUGUAAACGCGACCAGGGCGGAUCUCAGCGCGUCCUGGAGAAGCAGUGGACGUCCUUCUUGAAGGCCCGCCUCAACUGCUCCGUCCCCGGCGAUUCCCACUUCUACUUCAACAUGCUGCACUCCACCAGCCCCGUCAUCAACAUGCACGGCCGCGACAUCAUCCUGGGCGUCUUCUCCACGCCGGCCAACAGCAUCCCCGGCUCGGCGGUGUGCGCCUUCGACAUGGAGCAGUUGGCCGCGGUGUUCGACGGUCGCUUCAAAGAGCAGAAGUCGUCCGAGUCCAUUUGGACGCCGGUUCCUGAUGAAGUCAUCCCCAAGCCGAGACCCGGAGGCUGCGCCGUUCAGGGUUCAAGGUUCAAUUCCUCCAACGCUUUCCCCGAUGAGAUGCUGAACUUUGUCAAGACUCAUCCGCUGAUGGACGAGGCCGUCCCGUCGCUCGGACAAAGGCCGUGGAUAGUUAAAACCAUGGUCAGAGGUGCAACACUGGAUGUAGGAUUCAAAACAAGGUACCAGCUGAAUAAGAUCGUGGUGGACUCGGAGGCCGGUCCGCACAGGAACCGCACCGUUCUGUUCCUGGGCUCCAGUCGCGGGACCAUCCUCAAGUUCCUCGUCAUGCCCGACCAGGACAACACGGUCACCAGCAGCAACGUCUUCCUGGAGGAGCUGGAGGGCUUCAACCCGGAAAAGUGCGCUGGCGACUCUCCGCAGGCCAGGCAGCUGUUGUCGCUGACUCUGGAUGGCGCGAGUCACACUCUCAUCCUGGCCUUCCCGUCCUGCGUGGUGCGAGUGCCCGUGGCACGCUGCCACCUUUACUUGCGCUGCAUCAAAAACUGCAUUGCCUCCAGGGACCCGUACUGCGGCUGGACCAGAGGAAGCACCUGCUCUUUCCUGCGCCCUGGAACCAGGUUGCCAUUUGAACAAGACGUGGCGCAGGGAAACGUGGCUCACUUGGGCGACUGCGACGCUCAAAUAGAAGUGAUACCCUGCAAAAUCUGCGGGGACAAAUCGUCAGGGAUCCACUACGGUGUCAUCACCUGUGAAGGCUGCAAGGGUUUCUUCCGACGCAGCCAGCAGAACAAUGCCAUGUACUCCUGCUCCCGACAGAGAAACUGCCUGAUCGAUCGGACCAAUCGCAACCGCUGCCAGCACUGCCGGCUGCAAAAGUGUCUCGCUCUGGGCAUGAGCCGUGACGCGGUGAAGUUUGGCCGCAUGUCCAAGAAGCAGCGCGACAGCCUGUAUGCGGAGGUCCAGAAGCACCAGCAGUCCCAGGAAUGCGCCAACGCGGCAGCCCGGGAAAAGAACGGCGACAUGGCCGACCACGGCCGUACCUACAGACGAGUGUCCAGCGCCGCACUCGGCGAUCUGGACGACUUUACCACGCUGCCCGACGGCCUGCUCUUCGACCUGCCGCUGACCCCCGAGGACGGGGGCGGCGAGUACGGAAACCUGGACAUGCUCGCCGGCAGCACGGGCAGCAGCUCGUCCUCUCAAAGUUCCCCGGAACAGACCAACUUGGACUUUGCGGAGGGCAACCACGGCAUCAAGCACGAAUACCAGUUGUUGCACGACUCUGGGCUCUUCUCGCACGCCAUCCUCAACCCGCUGCCCGAAGGGUGCUCCCUGCUUGAGCUCGAGCACGUCACUCAAUGUGUGGUGAAGUCCCAUAUCGAAACGAGCCAGUACACUGCAGAGGAGCUGAAGAGAAUGGCGUGGUCCACAUAUAGCACGGAAGAGACCCGAAUGUAUCAGACGAAGUCAGCUGAGGUGAUGUGGCAACAAUGUGCCAUCCACAUCACCAACGCCAUCCAGUACGUGGUGGAGUUUGCUAAGCGCAUCUCUGGCUUCAUGGACCUGUGUCAGAAUGACCAGAUUAUCCUCCUCAAAGCAGGCUGCAUGGACGUCCUUCUGAUCCGAAUGUGUCGAGCCUAUAAUCCCAUCAAUAACACAUUCCUCUUUGAUGGAAGGUUCGCCCCCGCUCACUUCUUUAAAGCACUUGGCUGCGAUGACCUCGUGACGGCCGUGUUCGACUUGGCCAAAAGCCUGAGUCGUAUCCAGAUGUCCGAGGAGGAGAUGGCCCUCUUCGCCGCCGCUGUGCUGCUUUCACCAGACCGACCCUGGCUGACAGAUGUGCAACAGAUUCAGAAACUUCAGGAGAAGGUCUAUGUAGCCCUUCAGCGCUGCUUACAAAAAGGCGGCGCAUCAGAAGAGAAACUUGCCAAGAUGGUGUCCAAACUCCCCAUCAUGAAGUCCAUUUGCAAGCUCCACAUCGACAAACUGGAGUUUUUCCGUCUGGUCCACCCCGAAACGGCGUACACUUUCCCCCCGCUGUACCGCGAGGUGUUUGGCAGUGAAAUCACUUUCCCAGACUCCACAGAGGGCUAAGCGGCGUCGCAAAUCCCACCGCGAUUCCGCAACAGAGACUUGUGUGAGGGAGCGAGCGAGACUAAACGAUGUGGCACCAAGCUGAGGCGAAAGGCAAAGCGGCCGCUCAAUGACAAUCCCGCACGCUACACUUUAGGACGCACUCCUCUCACCUCGGAAACUCCCGACCGACCGACCGACCCACGCUGCCCCUCCUCGCAGCGCGCCGAAGGCUGCUCGUCGGUACCGCUCUUUUGAAGAGAGCUCAGAGAAAGGAUUAAAGAGUGGCCUCGACAAUUUGUAUUCUCCAAAUUAUUUUUCUAAGUCCUUAAGGCAGACGCCGUUUCUACUACAGUUCUCACAGCUACGGUUGAAUGUAACCCCGCCCUGUGCCCCCCUUAAAGCGUGCAGCACAGCCUCAAGGCCUCAUCCCGAAUGUACAGUACAGACUUGAAAUCCUCACUUACCUUGCACAGAUUUGUUUUCAAUUUAUGAUUCUUUUUUUUUUUUUUAAUCCGUUUCAGUCGUCAUUCUGGUGACCGUUAACCACUUUUCGCACAGCAUCGGUUAUCGCCUUGUCGCAGGCUUUUUGCCGUGCGAACAAAGCGUUCGAAGGGACCAUGAUCAAACUCACAUCCGUCUUUUUUCCUCUUAGGAGCGUUUAUGCAGGUAUUUAUUCUUUUUCUUUUUUUUUAUUUUACAAGCACACCCUCAAACACUGAUGUAAAUGGGCUCUUUUUGAUGCAAUCUUUACCUCAGUCCCGUGUGCCCUUUCCCUUUUGCAUAUGCCACUUAGAGAAGAAUCACAAAAAGAGAUUGUGAACAUAUUUUCAGCACUUAUAUAGCCGUUAGUAGGAGACAAAUGCGCACACAUACUGCCUGGCCGUACGUUGGCGUUCCGGGACGAAAGGAUUGUUGUAGCUGUUGAGACAAUACAGUGGUUCAUUACAAUUUAUGAGUGAGUCCGUGUUGGGCUUCGAAACAACUACUUUUUUGGGGGGGUGGAAGCCCUUUGUGACCCGUAUCUGUGGAGUCACGCCCCUGCGUAUUGUAGAUGACCUGUGUGAACUAGGGUUGCAAACUUGGAAAGUUUAAAAAUAAACAGGAACAAUUCGCAAAAUUGAAGUCGGGUCCUGAUUCAGGAACUUAAAUAUAGUUUCUAUUUUCGCAUAAUCCUGACGAAAACAACAGAUUUCAUGCGAGGACAGUGGUACUUUGACUCAAGAGUUUUGACAGUUACUAGCAGUCACUUGGUCGUUUAUUGUUUUGUUUUUACUGUGUGUUGUGAGCCAAAAUUGGAGUAACCGACAAUUCCCAAUUAAUUCCCUUGGAAAGUUUCCGAUUUGGGAUAUUUCCAAAAGUCGCCGGCAAUUUUCCACCUCUUUGCAACCCUAGUAUGAACAAGGUUCCGUUGCAUCUCGUUAACCCCGACAGUUGAAGCAAUGACCGGAGCAGUACUCGCCAUUAUGGGCUACAUGGCCGCAGCGUGUUUUGAGUGGAGGGGGUGGAGGCAAAAGAUAAAGCGCGAACAGAUGGGCCGUCGAUUUAUUUAAGCUCCUUAGAGCGGAUUUAUUAUCCGCACCGACUCUCACUGCAGUGGAGCCUUCCUCCAGUGUCGAACGCAAUCCGUUCUGCGAUGCUGGCUGACUUCCAUUCUCAAUUGAUUUCGUUCGCCCCCGUGACAUAUAAGCUGAAUUCAUUUGUUUGUAAACAAAUUACAAAAAGUGUGACGAGGUGGGGGUAGAUUCCACACGCACAAAAUGAAUUUAUGAAUAGGUGGAGGUUCACUCUGUGUGUAUUGACUAUAUGACAUCUCGUGCGAUUUACGCUAAAUUUUGUUUGCAUUUUGAGGAAACAUUUUGGUUGAACUCGAAUUUGGCCUCGACGUCCCAACCCGCUCGUCCCGCUUACCUGCUUAGCCUUUACUACCUCAUCCUCUCUCAAACAUUGAUACUGAAAAGCGUCUGCACGAUGUACAGUACUCACCAAAAAGUUAGGGAUAUUGGGCUUUUGGGUACAAUUUCAGGAUCAACUGAAAAUGCACUUGAAUCUUUACAAGUAAUCUUUACUUUUGAACGUCCACUUGUUCAACGCAGUUGUGCACUGCUUGCACAACUUACUGUUCUUUAACAAGGAGCUGAACGGCAAAGUCGAAUGUUACUGCAAACUCGUGAGGAAAGAGUGCAUCAAAGACAGAAAAGGUCCAAAGUUUGGGAUGAUUUCACACUUCAAAAUAAGAUGAAGUGCAAAGGUUGUAAAGCAGAACUAACUAAUGGACCGCAACAGCACGAUCGCCAACACAAACUAUUACGACGCAAGACUGGCUAACCUGAGCUAACGACGGCCUGAACAGUACACUUGUUCGCUGACGCGCACGUCACUCACCAGGCCAGGCCCCGACUUUUAAAGCCACACACAUUCACAGUCACAGAUGCUACAGUGUAGAACAUGAUGGUGACCCCAUGUGGACAAAAAUAAUACUUGCACCUCACAUGCAUAUUUUGUAUUCGUAUUGUUUAAUCAUGCAAAAAUCAAUUAUUUUCCAAUUCAUCCUUUUGGAUAAUCGCUAUGAUUCAAACGCCAGUUUGUGAAUUUUGCUGUUCAGCUCCUGUUAGAGAACAGAAACUUGGGCAAACAAGUACUAAAACGUUGAACAGUUGGACAUUUACAAGUUUAGACAAGGUCAAACUAGUUCACCUAUUAAUGUUAUGUUGCAUUUAGUUUUCUUCUUCAAAUGUAACCCCAAAGCCCAAUAUCCUACAUUGUUUUGCAAGUCGCGUGGAGGUGAAAUCUGAGGACAAGUCACAACUCCGCUCGUUUGAAAUCACAAUUGUUUUUGGAAAAGGCAAAACCACAAACUGCUGCCAGUAUUCCACAGUAGCUUGUGCUAGCUUUGCUGUGUUCUUUGUAGCAUAUUGAGACAAUCAUAUACAUCGGAUUUGAAAUAUUUCAGUCAGAUUUGCGUGGCACUGCUGGGACAGUGCUGUUGGCCGUACAGCGAAUGAUCUCAAGUAGCGUUAAAAAAAAAAACCCAACAACAACAACAAAAAACAAGAUGCCGCCCUAGCCGGUACUUGGCGGCACAGUGGGAUUGUGCAAUUGGGCCUUUGUUGCCAUGCAUUUAACUUUUUAAAGUAGCAUCAUUUUGAAUUAUUAUUAUUUUUUUAUUUUAAAAUGUUCUAAUAUGAUUCUAAUAUGACAAAUUCACAGCUGACACCUGCGCAGGGUUGGCCGGAUUGUAACAAGGUGCAAUACUUUGUCGUAGAAUGUUUAAUCACGCUGAUUCUUCUUCUUCUUUUUUUCUCCAAUCGUUGCAAUCCUGCCCAACCCAAUUUUAGUGGGACAAAAAGUUCCCGGUUGAAGUUCCUCAGGGUGAUAGCUCGGCUCUCUGUCCUGUCCUGCGGUGUCUACAAAGCACCACGCACCGACAAACUGUUGACGACCUUUGAACCUUGAUCACUGUGUACAGUAAAUGUUCUUGUGAAUGUUAAAUUACAGAAAGUAUCAAAGAUUUUAACCCUUUUGAUCGUUGUUAUUGCGAGAUACGUUGAGUUGACGUUAUAGAUGAAAUAGGAUAUUGAUACAAGUAAAAAAUAAAGAAAAAAGUAAAAUGCAUAUAAAAUAUUAAUUAUAAUCUCUGAUCCUUGUCUUGGUUUUGAUGUGAUCUUCAAUUUUUUCCUGAUAUGUAUCAUAUUUUCCUCAUCAGUUUGUCCUUUUCGUCUUUUGGAGAGAUGUAAUUCUAUUUUUUCUUAAAGAGCAUUUUUAAAUGUCUCCCAGCAAGUUUUUUUUUUUUUUUUUUUUUUUGUCAUGAUCUGUCUGUUUAUGAUAUUGUCACUCUAUUUUAAGAUUGUUAUUAUUAUUAUUAUUGAAUCAUGAUAGAUUUAAAUGAAAACUAAUUUAUGUCAUGUCAUGAAUAUACAAGCCAGAGCGGUUAUUAACACGAGAAAGUGUUGUUGCACAAUGGUGAUAUACUUUGUGGAUUUAAGAAUGUAAUGAAAUUCUUUUUACAAUUAAAAACACGUGGCAGUGA